UGCAGUCUUUGGCAGUCCUCGAGCGGCUGUUGCGACGUGCGUAUGCGCGGCAUGCGUCAUCCAUUCUUUCCCUCUGGUCUUUGAAUAGAUAAGUGUGUGUGUGUAUGUAUGUGCAAGCUAUACACUCCGUACUAUAUCUCCGAAGUAGUGCAAGAUGUUUUCAGUGUUACCGAUUAACGCACGUUUUCUUCACGUAUGACGACUUCACGAGGAAACGAAGAUGGUGUCUCGAAACAGGCCGAUUAAAAUUACGACCAUCGGCGAUGGCAUGGUCGGGAAAACAUGCAUGCUCAUCACGUAUACGAUGAAGGAAUUCCCAACGGAGUAUGUACCUACAGUUUUUGAUAACUACGUCGAUAACAUAUGUGUGGGUGGACAGCAAUUUGAAAUGACAUUAUGGGAUACAGCUGGUCAAGAAGAUUACGAGCGACUUAGGCCGCUAUCGUAUCCAAACACUGACUGUUUCCUGAUCUGUUUCUCCAUAAGUGGUCGUAGCUCCUUCGAAAAUGUAGCGAGUAUAUGGCAUCCGGAACUCAAACUACACUGUCCCAAUGUGCCGAUUAUACUCGUGGGUACCAAGGGAGAUCUCAGGACUCAAGAAACUAUGGAUAUUAUCAGUUCGCGAGACUGCAACAAAAUGAGAAAAAGAAUCAAAGCAGUUAAAUAUGUCGAAUGUUCCGCUAUAAAGCAGGAGGGUCUCGAGGAAGUCUUUAUGGAAGCUAUUAAAGCUGUAUUGAAAAAACCCCGAUCGAGAAAACUCUGCUGUAUCCUUUGAAGUGUCAAGUACUGACAUUAAAGCAAAUAGUUUUAAAUGAGAAUUAUAGCCAUUAAGACUAAUGUUAAACCAAAGAUUUUCUUUGCGUGAUUCUCUUUGUGCCUUUUAUAUUUAUGUACAUUUCAUAUAAUUCUAAUCAUUCCUAAGGCACAUUAUUUUCUUUUUAUGUACAGACGAGAGUUUUCUUGCAUUGUUAAAAAAAAAUAUAUAUAUAUAUAUAUUUCAUUUACUUCUUUGUUUA